AUGGCAACUAUUGCUUUGCCGAGGCCGAUACCUCCGCACGGCGCCAGCUCCGACAUCGACGGUCCUAUCACACCACCUCAUUCGCUCGAAGAUGUAAACCGACAAGUUCAAAGUCAGCGUUGUCCUGCUCCACUGCCAAAUAAGCAUAUUCCGGCAUGUCCCGCUGGGCCACCAAAAGUCGACGAUACAGAUACGCCGCCAGCAUCUCCCAAGGGUGCUGCUGGAGCUUUGUGCCAGCAAUCCUUACUCUUUCCGCCUGAUAGCUAUGUCAGAUUGGAAAUGGACAGCCUUUGUGUUUUUGAACUUGAUGCCUCCCAGGUCAACAGGGCAAUUGAUUUCGGUUCCAGACAACCACUACCUUCACCAGAGGUGGUGUUCCCUUGGCUUCACGGCUUACAUCCAAAGAAUCAUCUUCAGCAGGCAUUCUUCAUGGGCCGGAAAAGGUCUACAAGAAAUCCACCUACGUGUAAUCGAGGCAUUUUGUUGGUAAAGGCAAAUGGCGAUCUUUUGACGGCACGACUUAAGGGAGCUGUUGCGCCUGAUGAAUUCCUGCAGCCUGGCCCCUGUCCCAGGUUUAUCGAGGCGGAUCCCGAGGAAGGGUUCUCGGUGAGAAACUUUCAGAUUCAAACAGCAAAGGCGGCUCUUGUGUCUGAUGUGAUUGUAUAUGGAGAAAACCUUGCGGAAAGCAAGAAGGUAGCCUGGGAAGUUGCCGCGGCCCAGUUACUUCAAAGGCAAUCACAAACGGCACAAGCGGGAAACUUCACCGAAUAUAACACCUUCGUUUGCACCAGUCCCUUCUCAGACUUUGAGGACGCUAAUAGCGACAUUGUUGCGAUCGGCUCUGACGGUUGCGCGACUGGGAAGGUUCUCGAUUUUGUUCAGCAGGAGCGAACGGAAAUGUGGGACAUGACCCAGGCGUCUGAAAUAUCUCACAACGUUUUCAUGGGUCCCACCCCUGAAGCAGGCAGUCAAGAGGAGCAAAUCUUUGAUAUAUUAAUUGAAUGCAGCGAUCUAGGCCACCUGGAUCCUGGUGCCUUGCAACGCCUUGUCGAAUCAACAGAUGGGCCAGCUGGACGUUCGCAUUUUGACUUCCCGUCGUCGGGUAGUAUACUGCCACCAACAUGGUCACACGAUGAGGCUGACGGGAUUAUCGAAACGUGCAAGUGCAUUUAUUACCUAUCGCAUGGCAUGCGGCUAAACAGUGGUGUUCACGACGAGAAUACGCCGACUGGCACAACCGGCUUGACCGCCGGGACCUUUGAACCACGGAAAGUUCUCAUUCAUUGCGCCGAUGGAUACACGGAAUCUACCAUGCUGGGAAUUGCGUACCUGAGUUACAGCACGGGACAACCGGUUUCAAAUGCCUGGUUACAGCUCCAUACUGCCAAGGGCCGAAACUUUUUUGCAUAUCCUACUGAUGUCGCUCUGCUGACUGCAAUUGCUCCUCGAUUGUUAAAAGAAUCCCCCGCUUGUGUUGGAUAUAGCCUUGAGAAAAUUACCAAUCUAUUGCGGGAUGAGCCUAAGUGGCUGCCUGGUCUCGACGGCUCCUUUCCGAGCCGAAUUCUGGACUAUCUGUAUUUGGGCAAUCUUGGUCACGCAAACAAUCCGGAUCUUCUGGCAGAAUUGGGUAUAGGCCAAAUUUUAAGUGUCGGCGAGACAGCAUCUUGGAAAGAUGGCGAUCUGGAGAAAUGGGGUUCAGACAAUGUUUACGUUGUCCAAGGCGUUCAAGAUAACGGCAUCGAUCCACUUACAGAUGAGUUCCCGGGAUGCCUUGAGUUCAUAGAGGACGACGACGAGGGACGGCAACUCUGGUGCACUGUCGGGUUGGGGUAUCGCGUAGCGCCACCAUCUGUAUCGCUGAAGUAA